AUGAACAGAAUGCUGUCAAACAGGUUUCCAUAUAUUGCUGUUAAUAAUAAGAACUACCAGAAAAUAUGUAAAUUGCAUACAACAUCAUUUAGUCGUACAGCUUUUAAGGCCGGCGAUAAAAUAAGAAUACAAAAAACGUUGACCCAAAAAGACCUUGAUACAUUUUCAAAUCUCACAAGUGAUCACAACUACCUACAUAAAAAUAAUGGUAAUAAAAGACCGAUUGUGCAUGGAGCUUUUUUGAAUGGAUUGGUCGCUGGUCUUAUUGGAACACACUUGCCUGGUCCUGGUACAGUCUUGGUAUCUCAAACUAUGAAAUUUCCAAAUAAAUGUUUUGUUGGUGAGAAAUUGACAAUCAGUGUUGAAUUGGUUGAUGUACGCAAACUGUUGAAGGUGAAAUUUUUUUGUGUGGUGGAAGAAGAGAAGAAGGUUGUGUUUGAAGGUGAAGCAAAGUUGAUGUUAGCUAAGGAAUCUUGA